GUUAGCUUGUAGUGAGUAUAGCAGCAAAGUAACGGGGCCCCGAGCACAGUGUGUUCAGUAUUGAAACGCAGCCCGCGCAAUGGCCGCCGUGACCUAAACGUUAAGUGUCAAUCGUCCUUAAUUUUACGUCUUAAUUCAAUACCACGCCCUCGAAUAUGUACGCGCACUCACCGGGUAGUUAAUCGGAACAUACCUAUCCUAUGGUGUGCCACGAGGAACACGAUAACUCUUUAAUGUAGCAAGCAGAACAACGUGAGAUCUCCGACUCGUGCUUGCUGCCAGUUCAAGCUAUACUAUACGCAAUGUCGUAUGCCCAGAAUAACAAGAAUCUUCUUUAAAUCCUCGAGUACGGUGAUACAAGUGAUUUACGUGCUUGAUAUAAUAUUAUCGAAAUACUUACCUGUGCCAUCAGUUCAGUAAAAUCUGCUGACAAAGUGAAAAUAAUUUGAAGAAACAGUCGGCAAGUUUUAUAACGCGUGCAACAAGUGGAUCCACAUUGAUAGUACAGUGACAAUCUUAAAUAUCUCGAUUCUCUAGAUGCCAAGUUCAAGGUGCAAACGAGAAGGACUGUCAAACAGUACAGAGUCAAGUUAAAUAUAUAAAUUUUUUAUCCUAAUAUAUUUCAACUGUGUAAAAUUUGAAAACUAUUAUAAAUUGUAGUCUUUGCUGUGGAUCUAAACUGAUUCGGUAAAAUUUAUCAGGAGAAGGUUCAGGAAAUUGAAAUAAAAAGAUCUAAAUAUAGAUAUUACAGAGGCAACGGUGCCACUGUUCUACAGAGUAACACGUGGUAACUAUCAGUUCAUAGUCAAGUUGAUGAGCAUAAAAAUUCAAAAGAUGUCCCUUUCAUUUUUCAUCGUGUAAUUCCCAUCGCGCAUCGGAGCUCAACGAACGAGUGAAGCGUACAGUGAAACUUCCCAUUGUUGUGAUGGUCAUGAGUAAGGAAGAGCUAAAACCACAUGGUUCGUAGAACGCUGAUACAUUUGAAUUAGUCAUUCGCAAGUUUUUCUAUAAAUUGACUAUGGCAGGUAAAGAUUUGUCCAGCAUGACAGCGACUGCCGAGUGCACGAUAAAUUCAGAGCCAUCCUGGUAUGUAAAGUUCGUCUCGUACCUGAAGAAUCAUAAUCGAGUUGCGCCAGGGAAGCUUGAGCUACCUGAUUGUGACUUCUUUAUCGUCGCGCCUAGAAGGACUUUACGUGUGUUGAAGCCACCGUUGAAGAGCGGUGGAUUUUAUGAAGCUUCAAAUGACAGACCGGAAUCAGUGAACGAUAGCUUCUUCGCUCGUUGGUCCAGACGGCCCCAUCCAUCAGGAAACUGCAGAUGCUCUUUUCGACAGUCAAGCAGGUUGAGCACCACCGAGGAGCAGAUCAUUUCCGCUGAAAUAAAUCGAAUAAGAACGAGUCUUUGCGAGGCGGAGAGGACUGGUCAGGAUAUCGAAGAACUGGAACAGAGGAUAUCAGUAAAUCUUGAGAACCUGAUUCCAGUCACCAGCGAGCCGAAAACUGAGUCCAGCGUCGAUGAGAAAUUGGCAGCAAUCGCUCAUGUGGGACCCGUCACAGGAGAUGAGGAAAUCGAUGGGAGAAUUAUAAAGAAUAAGAUCGUCGAAGAUCUGGAAAGGUACAUCAACGACCUCCUCGAAGAAAUUCUCACUGAUACUAUAAAGUUCAUAGCUGAAUCUGAGAGCGUAGUACGCAAGGUCAAUGACUGUUCUAUGAGCGUAUGCGUGAACCCGGAACAUUUGAACUUCUGCAAUUCCUUGGAGGAUGUUAACGAGAAGGACAGUAUUAAGAAGAUUGAUAAUGAGAAGCUUCCAGAAAUUUUGGAGGUCGAUAACAAUUCAUUUAAUAAUAUCAGUUUCGCUUUUCAUGGCGAUGCUGAUGUGAUCUCUGAUAAGGGAAAGAGUAAUGAGGAAGUAAGACCGGAAGGAUAUGUGAAUCAUGCUUUCCUUGGUUCGCCUAAUGAUCCUGAUUCCUUGGAUUUUUACUUGCAUAAACCAAUCAGGACUAACGUUAACUUAGAACAUCUAGACUGCGUGGAUUCGGGUAUCAACAGCGUAGAAACUGUAGAGUUUCAACCGGAUCAAGAACCUAGUCUCGAAGAGUCUCUCAUGGAAAUUAUAGAUGCAAAAUUAGGCCGCAGUCCAUUGCGAAAGAGUUGGGAGGAUUUGAGUGCCGAUGGAAAAAAUUCAAACGAAAUUAGUGAUACAGCCAAUAACGAGGAACCUCCAAAAUGUGAAUCUGUUAAAAAUACCGUAGAUAAAGAUACCUCAAAAUAUACAGAAACCAUACAUGAUGAGGAGGUAGAAGUUAAAAAACAAAUUAACGAAAAUACGAUUACACAGAAUGAAUCAAAUAAAAUUAAUAAAAUACCCGAGCGAGAUAAUAAUUCUACAAAUGAUUCGUGUACUAACGAAAGCUUUAAUGACUUGGAAGCUACUAAUGACCUGAGCUUCGAUAAACUCCGUUUGGAGCUACAGGACGAGAGAUCAUCCACAGAAGAAGUGCAACUACGAAACAAAAAUGGUAUCUCGAUCUUUAGAAAAAAAUUUAGUUUCAAUGAAUCGCGCAGAGGUCGCGAGGAUAGUUUGAAAAUUAAGUCUGCCAGCGACAGAAGACUGAGGAAUAGCUCGAAAUUCCAACAAGUGGAACUUGAUGAUUAUCGUAAAAAGUGGUCCGAGCCAGAAGGAUCAAAUUUGCCAAUUGAAAAUCAAAAUCCAAGGGACCUCGUAAUGUUCCGCAAGAAUAGAAAACCAACAAUAGUCUUUUUACACGGCUUUGGAUCGUCUGCUGAAGUUUUCAACCAUCAGCUCGAGUACUUCUCCAACCUAGGAUAUCCAUGCAUUGCUCCCGAUAUGCUGGGACACGGAAUGAGCUCAGCACCAGAUCGUUCCCGGGAUUAUCACUUUGAAAAAUUGCUAAGGGACUUGGACACGGUCCUACAACAUUACGCCUUCAAGCCGGGACAGAAGUGCGUCUUAGUGGCGCAUAACUAUGGGUGCAGCUUCGCUACGGCUUUGGCUUGCAAGUACGACAGCAACAUUCAUCAGCUUGUAUUAAUUUCUGGAGGUGGUCCCACACCGUUGGCACCGCCGAGUACGGAGAACGCAGGUCACUGUUGCCUUAGAACGGUUUUUGCGCCGCUUCUCAUGUGUGGACUUCGUCGUGAAAUUCUCUAUUCCGCCAGAGGUCGCCAACACCCUUAUUGCGGUCCCGAACAUGCAGAACAAUGCCCGUCACAUAUGAAGUAUGUUUUGGACGGUAUGGUCUGGCCGGAAGGAGAUUAUGUCUUCCAUAGAAGGAUUUGCACGCCGACUCUUCUCAUACACGGACUUCGUGACAACAAAGUGUCCCUCGUGCAGGAAUGCCAAAUGGAAAGAACUAUGAUGAAGGCCUUCCUCGAGGCAAUACCUGCAGCUGGUCAUUGUCCAAUGACGGACUGUCCUGAUCAAUUGAAUCAUAUGAUACACUGUUUCAUAGACUUGUGGAAGAACAAGAAGUGGUAACACGUGGUACGAAGUUAGAAAUCAAAAUGACUUUUAUACUAUUUCUCUUUUUCUUUCUCGGAAAGAAAAUUGUACGUUUAAUUGCAUUUACAGUGAGUGUUUUCUACGAUUAAGUUUCCCUUGUGCGACGCUUUAUACUAGACGGAGGAAAACGUUAAGAAUCGUGCCAAAAGUUUUUAGCGCAAUUGUUAUGAAAAUCACUGCCCAUCUUUUGCACAACCUUAACGAUCUUUCAUCCUCCUUUCUUUUACUCCACCUCGUCCCCGUUUGUUAAUAUAUUUUGUUGUUGAUUAGAGGCUAACGGGUUUUUGUCAUAUGUUUGUAAGUUGUACCAAAGAUGAUUUAUAUAAUGUUAUUUUAUAUAUUCUACGGCACCGGAAUAUAACUUAUUCAU